AUGCCGCCAACGAGUGGGCAUUUGCUGCUCCCCAAAAUCUGGAGAGCAGCAAGGUUUGCCUACGAGAAGACGGCCAAAGCCCUUAAGGCUCGAUUCCCAGACUCUCCACAACAGUUUCACCCAAAGCUUCAACUAGAAUAUGCACGUAUUACUCCUCGACAGCCUAUCAGUCGAGCUGCAGCUAUUCGACAAGCUCAAAGCCGCCGCUUCUCCACACGCGCAGGCGUCUACAUAGGUACAUACCUGCGCCAGUCCUCACGUCCCUCGGGAAAAACAUCUCAGAAUUCAUCUAUACGCCAAAUGGUUGGGCGGCUUACGUCUCACUCGCCUUUCACAUCUGCUCUUCGUCCAAACUUGACCGGUGGAACCCUUAGUCGUACUGCUGGUGGAUAUAGCGUCGGAGCAGGCAGACUUGGUGGAGCAAGAUACUUCUCUCACGGACCUGCCGCACCUUCACAGGUUAUCCACAAUGUUUCCGUCGCGAUGCGUGGGUUCUGGCUUUCCGGCCAAAAAGCCCGCUUCGAUGGUAUUGAUCCACGCACCGGCGAAAAGCGCUUCAAGACGGUGACGGCACUUCAAGAUAAAGCGCAACGCCAGAUGGCAGAGGCCUCCCGCCAAGUUCCAGGAUCUUACAUUGAUUUCCAACUGUCCCCGACGAUUACUGCCAUUGGAAGUCUCAACAACGAAUCUCUUGGGUCGGAAGGCUUAAUGGAGCUACUUUCUAUUGACUUUGCUCGUGCUUUGAAAGAUUUAGCAGCAGUUUUGAAUGACCUUAAACGUCUUGGGACAUUGGGUGACCUUCCCGUGUCACUCGAAAAUAAAUCUACUCUUCGUGUACGCUUUCCGGGCUGUGAUGCUGAACAAGUAGAACGGCUAUGCGACGAAGUUGGGGUGGAACGUGGCCGUAUCUUUCAGGACAAAGAUUUCGAACAGCGAAAUGGUACAGAGAUGGCACUUUUAUUUCCAUUCGCGCCCAGCAUUGCUCCGUCUCCAGCAACAGACCUCUUUACAAGUCAUGAGAAUCCUCGGCAUGCAGAGAAACAUGAGCUAGACUGGCGCCUGAUGAUGUCGGGUCAAACGUCACCCGGACUUUCUAAUGAAGCGGGCCAUAUUAGCUUUGAAGAUGUCGAAAUGUUUGGUAACAAUCCCUGGGUCUCGUCGCCAUCUGGGUUCUCCAGCGUUGGUGUGAGCGAGCUUGGGGAUCGAGAAUUCUUUCCUGAAUUGUCUCAAGGUUUAGACACAAAAGAGAGCUUCUCUGACUAUGAAGGGGUACAAGGAAUCUACAAAUUCUUGGAACAGUGUGAUUUGGCUGCAGACAAUCAACGGUUCUAA